GCAGCGCGGCUGGGAGUCUUCUUUAAAAACUCCAACCCUCGACGUCUUCUUCCUCUUCCAUCAGAGAGGAGGAAGCUCUCCAGACCUCCACAGGCUCGUCCCUUUGUUCUCUCCUUUCAUGUUGUCUGAAACUUCUUGAAAGGACCUCAAAGUCUGGUGGCCCGGGACAGCUGAAGCUCUGCAUCUGCAGGUCAGAUGUUGGUGACUGUGAGUCCAAAGUUAUUUUUACAGCUAGUUUGAGAUUCGAGGAUUUUCCUGGAGUUCGUCUGUGUUGUGCUUUCACUGUGAGAAAUGAGGGCUGAGGUGCUGGUGGUGUUGGUCGGUCUGACCCUGUGCUGCUGCUGCGUCCUGGUCUCCGCUGGACAAGAUGUGAAGGAGGACAAACUCUCCAGAGGCCGGGUCCAGGUGAGACAAGCCCGAGGACCGGUCCAACACAGGAGGCAGGAGGACGGAGAUGGAGAUGUUGUAAUGUCAGACGAGCCGGCUGAGGCCGCGGAACCGGAGAAGACGAAGCCAAAGAAAAAGAAAACACCUGAGGAAAUUGAGGCAGCCAGAGCAAAGAAAGCGGCGGAGAAGGAAGCCAAGGCCAAGAAGCAGAAAGCUCCUAAACCCACCAAAAAGCCAAAACCCCCGAAACCCACCAAGAAGCCCAAAGCACCGAAACCCACCAAGAAGCCAAAGGCGCCAAAACCCACCAAGAAAACAAAGGCAACGACCACGACGCAGCCACACACCAAGCGUCCGUCUCUGGAGGAGGAGGAGGAGAAACUGCUGAUGGAGCUGGGCUGGGACACAUUGAUCCGACCUGUGACCCCAAAGGGGCCCGGAGGGGAAGAGCCUGUUGAGCCAGGCCUGGAUCGUAGACGCCCUGAUAGGAAACAAGCCACAACUCCUGAGGUCAUCAUGUACAUACCAGAGGAAACCACCACGAUUCCUUACGUUGGUCCCUGGUACGAAGAGUACGAUUACGCCGACUUGGCCGCCAAGAAACAGGAGGAAGAGGAGGAGAGAGCUCGGAAGGAAAAGGCGGAAAAAGCCGAGCGGCUGAGGAAGAAGUGGGAGGAGGAAGAGGAGGAGAGGCUGAAGCAGAUCAUGGUUCCUGCUGAACCUAAAAAGUGUCCUCCUCUGGGUUUGGAGUCUCACCGGGUGGAGGACGACCAGCUGCUGGCUUCCUCCCAGUCUCACCAUGGCUUCGCGGCUCAGAGGGGACGCCUCAACAUGCAGGGAUCUGAUAACGAGGAGGAUCUGUACGGCGGCGCGUGGUGCGCCGAGCCGGAGGAGACCAGCCACUGGUUUGAGGUGGAUGCUCGUCGAGAGGUGGAGUUCACCGGGGUCAUCACUCAGGGAAGAAACUCAGAGCAGCUUGAGGACUUCGUGUCCUCCUACUUCGUGGCGUUCAGUAACGACAGCCGGGAUUGGACGGUGCUGCACGACGGCUACGCUGAGUGGCUGUUCUAUGGGAACGUGGAUAAAGACACGCCGGUGAUGAGUCAGUUCACUUCGCCCGUUGUGGCUCGUUACAUCCGCAUCCUGCCUCAGAGCUGGAACGGCAGCCUGUGUCUCCGAGCCGAGGUCCUGGCCUGUCAGCUCCCCAGUAGUUACCGCAGCGAGAACGAGGUGAACCCGUCGGACGACCUGGACUUCAGACACCACAACUACAAGGAGAUGAGACAGAUGAUGAAGGUGAUAAACGAGGAGUGUCCCAACAUCACCAGGAUUUACAACAUCGGUAAAAGCUCCCAGGGCCUGAAGAUGUACGCCAUGGAGAUCUCCGACAACCCGGGAGAGCACGAGUCAGGUGAACCGGAAUUCCGUUACACAGCCGGUCUCCAUGGUAACGAGGCGCUGGGCCGAGAGCUCCUCCUCCUGCUGAUGCAGUUCCUGUGCAAAGAGUACAACGACGAAAACCCGAGAGUGCGCCGCCUGGUGGACGGAGUGAGGAUACACCUGGUGCCCUCGCUCAACCCCGACGCUUACGAGCUGGCCUUUGAGAUGGGCUCAGAGAUGGGGAACUGGGCGCUGGGCCACUGGACUGAAGAAGGUUACGACAUUUUCCAGAAUUUCCCCGACCUCAACAGCGUCCUGUGGGGGGCCGAGGACCGAGGCUGGGUCCCCCGCAUCGUUCCCAAUCAUCACAUCCCCCUCCCGGAAAACUUCCUCAACGGCUCUCUCGCUACUGAGACGAAGGCCGUCAUUUCCUGGAUGCAGCGAAACCCAUUUGUCCUGGGAGCCAAUCUGCAAGGAGGAGAGAAACUGGUGGCGUACCCGUUUGACAUGCAGCGCCCGCCAAUCUCUUUGACGGACAGUCGGCGCUGGAGGACGAACGCCGAGAUGAACGAGGAGACGUGGGCCCGGAUUCAGCGGCAGAACGAGGGCGCUCUGAGGGAGACGCCGGACGACGCCAUGUUUCGAUGGCUGGCGAUGUCUUACGCCCACAGUCACCUGACCAUGACCGAGACCCAGCGAGGCUCGUGCCACGGCGAUGACGUCACGGCGGGACAGGGCAUCAUCAACAGAGCCAGCUGGAAGCCGGUGGUGGGCAGUAUGAACGACUUCAGCUACCUGCACACCAACUGCUUCGAGCUCUCCAUCUUCUUGGGCUGCGACAAGUUUCCCCAUGAGAGCGAGCUGCCUCUGGAGUGGGAGAACAACCGCGAGUCUCUGCUGUCCUUCAUCGAGCAGGUAAAUCGAGGGAUAAAAGGUGUAGUGAGGGACGUGGAGGGAAAUCCUCUGCCCAACGCCACCGUCACUGUGGAGGGAAUACGCCAUGAUGUCAGAACUGCUGUAGGUGGCGAUUACUGGCGGCUGCUGAAUCCUGGAGAAUACCGUGUGAGCGCCAAAGCUGACGGCUACACCCCUCAGACCAGACUGUGCUUGGUGGGCUACGACUCCGGAGCCACUCCCUGCAGCUUCACCUUGGCCAAGUCCAACUGGGACCGCAUCAAACAGAUCAUGGCGCUGAACGGCAAGAGGCCCAUCCGACUGGUCACCAAACCCAACGUGGUGAAGACGACGGCGGCCAGCUCCGUGGGAGUCGGCAGCACCGCCGCGGGGACGGACGCUCACGCCAACGCUCAGAACGCAGAGCGACACAGGCGGCUCCGGCUCAUGCGACUACGCAGACUGCGUCAGCAGAGACUAAGAGCCGGUCUCAGGACCACUGCUACAACAACCACAACCACAACUACCACCACAACAACAACAACAACAACAACAACACCGCCACCUGAAACUGAAAGAACAACCUCCUGGUACGACUCCUGGUUUCCUGUGGACAGCUGGUCGACUGAGAACCCGUUCGACAGCGUCAUCUUUGACUCGGGGCCCACGCAGGACUAUCCUUUUGAAUACACCAUCGAUUGAUCCGCUCACAUGUAUGUGUAACACAGACCGUACUAACCACUUCAUGACGCUGCAACAUCACAGCUUUAAAAACACAAAACACACCGACUGGUCAUUAUCUAGUUUUCACCUGUGGGUUUCUACCUGAGCGGACAGGAGCCUGAUCUGAAGCGAAAGCCUCUGCUGAGCAGAGACUGUAGAGUUUAAUUUGGUUUCUGUUCAGAAAAACAAAACACAGCACGUCACAAUACAAACAGGUACUUUUCUAUAAGAAGUCUAUGUUUAUGUGUCUUUCAUAGCUUGACAGUGUGAUUGCUGGCCUCAGUUAAACUGAUUUAAUGUACUGCUGAAUGCAUUUGAUUAAAAUGGUUAUUUUCUAAAA